GAAUCUUGCCUGCACGUAAACUUUAUUCAGAGAUUGAUACAGAGUCAUUUUUCGUGGGUGGGGUUCAGUUGAGGUCGCCAAGGAACGAUGAGUUCGGAGGGUGUGAAGGAAGAUUGUCUUGGUUGGGCUGCCAGAGAUCCUUCUGGACUUCUCUCCCCCUACAAAUUCAGCCGCAGGACUGUGGGAAGCGAUGACGUCUCGAUUAGGAUCACGCACUGUGGAGUGUGCUAUGCAGAUGUUGCUUGGACUAGGAAUGAGCAUGGAGACUCCAAGUAUCCUCUGGUGCCAGGAUACUGCUUCAGGAUACCAGAAAACUACCCGUUGGCUUUAGCAGCACCAUUGCUCUGUGCUGGAAUCACUGUAUACACUCCAAUGAUGCGUCACAAGAUGAACCAACCUGGUAAGUCUCUAGGCGUGAUUGGACUCGGUGGGCUCGGUCACAUGGCAGUUAAGUUUGGGAAGGCUUUUGGACUGAAAGUCACAGUGUUCAGUACAAGCAUUUCUAAAAAGGAGGAAGCACUGAACUUGCUUGGUGCUGACCAUUUCGUUGUCUCAUCUGACCAAGAACAGAUGAAGGCCAUGGCUAAGUCUUUGAACUUUAUAAUCGAUACGGCAUCCGGCGAUCACCCGUUCGAUCCUUACAUGUCUCUUUUGAAGACGGGUGGCAUUCUGGCAUUGGUUGGGUUCCCAAGUGAAGUUAAAUUCAGUCCAGGAAGCCUUAACAUCGGUAUGAAAACUGUUUCGGGUAGCAAAACGGGAGGAACAAAGGAUAUCCCAAAAAUGAUGGACUUCUGUGCGGCGCAGAAAAUAUACCCAAAGAUCGAAUUGAUACCGAUUGAUUAUGCCAAUGAAGCCCUCGAGAGGCUCAUCAAGAGAGAUGUGAAGUACAGGUUUGUCAUCGACAUCGAGAACUCCCUAAAAUGUCGCCUUAUCGGGAAGGAGGGAUCUUUUCUAGGCAAAAGAAAUCAUAAGGAGAGGGAAAAUGGAAGACAGAAAGCAUUAAGCAGAGUUGUAUGUACUUUUCUUGCCCAGUGGGCAAUAAAUUCUACAUCCAUCACAUGCCUUAGUCGCGAAUCUAUUGUUGAAAUAAUCGGAAUUGUUAUGUCGUGUUACUUACCUGUAAUAUAUUUAGAAAUUAAGUUCUUAGAAAAAUUGGCUUCUUUAGUCCCCCGAAUCUAUAUUUGA